UUUAUCACAUUCGUCUUAGAAAUUAGCUAAUGUGAGAUAUAAUAUAUAUUUUACUCGUGCAAAUAAAUGCCAAAGAAAAAUUCAAAACCAUCUGAAACCAAAAGUAGUGGUAAAACAGCAACUACUAACACAAAAGGGGGAACCAAAAUUAAAGUGAGACACAUUUUAUGUGAGAAAGAAUCCAAGAUUAAAGAAGCCUUAUCAAAGCUGCAAAAUGGCAUGAAGUUUAACGAAGUAGCAAGUUUGUAUAGCGAGGAUAAGGCUAGACAAGGAGGAGAUUUAGGCUGGAUGGUGAGAGGAUCAAUGGUUGGCCCUUUUCAGGAAGCCGCGUUUGCCCUGCCCAUCAGCACUAUAAAUAGUCCUUCUUACACAAACCCCCCAAUAAAGACCAAUUUUGGCUAUCAUAUAAUAAUGAUUGAAGACAAGAAAUAAAAAAUAAAAUGCUGCUAUUCUGCUAUCAUUAAUUAUACUACCAAUAUUUUGAUAUAGGUGAUACAAAAUUGUAUUUUAGUGUUGGAAAAUUUCAAAAACAAAAAAUUAAAUCGAAUUUAUAAAAAUCUUGUACAUUAUUGCAUUUGCAAAAAAAAAAUAUCUCUAUCAUGCUGUAAUUUUAUUUGCUCAUAAAACCAAAUUGCUUUUCCAAUUUGAGAAUUAAUUGCGACAAUUUCUCUCAUCAAAAAGUGG